CUUUAUUGAAGUAUCUAAAAUCUGGAGUUUCCUAUUGUUUGGAUAUUCGCUUUGGAGAAACUCAUUUAUGAUGGAUGACGGCAGACAAAGGCGAAGAUGGGUGUAUUGGAUUAUAUCUUUACAUUUCUCUAUACUGCUGUUCUUCGAGGAGCAGGUUUUGGCUCAGAUAAGGUAUUCUUUACAAGAGGAGGUAAAAGAGGGAUUCGUCGUAGGAAACACUGCUAAGGAUUUGAGUAUUGAUGUCAACACUAUGGUGGACAGACGGAUUCGUAUUGUCUCCGGAUCUAAUGACGAUCUUUUUCGGGUAAACCAGAACAAUGGCGUGUUGUAUGUUCACAAGAAAAUAGACAGAGAGGAAAUAUGUGACAGUAACAAUCCUUGUGUGGUUAACCUCAAAAUCGUUGUAGAAAACCCACUGGAGAUUCAUUAUGUGCGGAUAGAAAUAAUGGAUAUAAAUGACCACGCGCCUAUUUUUUCCGAAGAGCAACAAAGAGUGGAGAUAGCUGAAACCACGCACCCGGGGGCGCGCUUUCAGUUGCAGAGUGCACGUGAUCCAGAUAUCAGCGUAAACUCCGUGCGCUCAUACACAUUGAGUCAGAAUGAGCAUUUUGAUUUAGAGAUCAGAGAUAUGGGAGAUGAAAAGGUACCCUUUUUGGUUUUACAAAGAGCCUUGGACAGGGAGCAUAAAGCUAAGCACGAAAUAAAACUGACAGCAACAGAUGGAGGAAAUCCACCAAAAUCUGGAACAUUAAAUAUCACUGUGGUCGUUUUAGACAAUAAUGACAACCGUCCAGUGUUUAGUCAAGAUAUUUACACAUCACAAAUCCAAGAAAAUGUUCCAAUAGGUACUAUUGUGAUCAAGGUUAGUGCAGUUGAUCUGGACGAGGGGUCGAACGGAGAGGUGAUAUAUUCGCUUGGUAGUAAAUUAAAUCGUAAAAUCUAUGAUCUAUUUGACUUAGAUAGUGUAACAGGCGAAAUUCGAGUAAAAGGUGAAAUAGACUUUGAAAACACUGAAGUAUAUAGAUUAGACGUUCUGGCCUCUGAUAAAGGCACCCCUCCAAUGACAGUCGAUUGCAGGGUGAUUGUAAAAAUUUUAGAUGUAAAUGAUAACACUCCGGAAAUAGAGAUUACAUCAUUAUUGAAUUUAGUACCCGAAAAUUCCAAACCUGGAACAGUUAUUGCAUUAAUCAGUGUGUUAGAUAAAGACUCUGGUGUAAACGGGAAGGUUUUAUGUAGUUUGUCGCCAGAUAUACCUUUUGAAAUAAAAACAUCUGUGCAGGACAAUAUGUAUUCACUAUUAACAAAGUCACAAUUAGACAGAGAAAAUAUUUCCCAUUAUGAAAUUACAAUAACAGCAACAGACUUUGGACAUCCUACUCUGUCUACAGCUAAAACUCUCAGUGUACAGGUCUCAGACGUAAAUGAUAACAGUCCACAAUUUCCUCAAAAUCCAAUUGAAAUGUAUUUAGUGGAAAAUACUCCUCCAGGUGCUUCAAUUUAUUCUAUCACCGCGUCCGACAAAGACAUGCAAGAAAAUGCCGCAAUUAUAUACAGCAUUCUUAGUGGAGGGGGGCAACAAAACGACGUUACAUUAUUUCUUAACAUUAAUCCUGAAACAGGAGUUAUUCAGGCACUUAAACGUUUCGAUUUCGAAAAAACAAAAACGUUCCAGUUUCAUGUGCUCGCUACAGAUUCAGGAACUCCACCACUGAGCACCAACCUCACAGUGAACAUGUUUAUACUGGAUCAGAACGACAAUGUUCCAGUGAUCUUAUAUCCAGUCACCUAUAACGGAUCUGCUGAAGGUGUGGAGGAGAUUCCUCGCAAUGUGAACGCAGGACAUUUGGUGACUAAAGUGAGAGCAUAUGAUGCAGAUAUAGGUUACAACGGGUGGUUAUUGUUUUCACUGCAGGAUGUAAGUGACCACAGUUUGUUUGGUUUGGAUCGUUAUACUGGACAGAUAAGGACCCUCCGCUCAUUCACAGAAACAGACGAGUCUCAACAUAAACUGGUCAUACUGGUCAAAGACAAUGGCAAUGUGUCGCUUUCAGCAACAACGACUGUAAUUAUCAAAGUUGUAGAGCCCAAAGAGGCUUUUGCAGCUUCUGAUGUUAAAAACUCGAUAAAAGCUGAGGAGGACAAUGACAUUGCUUUUUAUCUGAUCAUCACUCUGGGUUCUGUUUCAGCACUUUUUGUCAUCAGCAUCAUUGUUCUGAUCGUGAUGCAGUGCUCCAAGUCAACAGACUAUUCCUCCAAACAUUUACAAGAUACAAAUUAUGAUGGGACACUGUGUCACAGCAUCCAGUACAGAUCAGGAGAUAAACGCUACAUGUUGGUUGGACCCAGAAUGAGUAUCGGUUCUACUUUAGCACAAGGUAGUAAUAGGAAUACUCUAGUCGUAUCAGACCGCAGAAGAUCAUCUGUAGAGGUAAGAUUACUCAAAAAAUGA